UCAGUUCUGGAUCUGAAGCCGGGUCAGCAGCAACACCUUCACAAUGGUGUCCAGUAGCACGCAUGCCCUGGGUCUCCUUUGCCUUUUGGUUUUCCUACAAGGAAGUACAACGGCCCAGGCCCAGAGUGAUGACUAUGUGGCUCUUUGUAACCUGACCAGCAGCAUUGCUGUCGAUCUUGAUCUGUUCUCCGGAAUUUGGUGGGAAGUGGCUCGUCAGCCGUCCGACAUUGACUUUUGCACCGAGGUUAAUAUUACAGUGCUAAAUACAACCGACAAUAAUGUCCUGAUCGAUACCACAUACGCCGUAUCUCCUGACUACCCGUGGGUUAACCAAACCAUGAAUGCCACCAUCACUGUGGAUAAUAACAAAGCUGUCCAGGAUGGUUUCAACAUCAGCUACUGGAACCCACCUGGCUUCACUCCCUAUACAGUGUAUAAGGUCCUCUACACUGACUACACCGAUGUGGCCUUCCUUUGCGGCUAUACGAAUAAGACCGAUAACGGCACGUCAUUCGGAAUUAUCCUUGCUAGGGAUCGUACCCCCACCACGGAUGCUUUGAAUAAACUCGAGGGCCUCGGUUCCAGUAUAUCGUCCAACUUUUUAAAUGGCUCUAUGUCAGUAAUAACUCAGGGAGAAUCUUGCUACGCACCAUCCGGAGCCAGUCCUGCGACCAUUAUUUCCACACUGUUGAUUGUCAUGGCUCUUAUUCAUGGCAUUUGUUCUGACCAUCAAAUAAUUUAGAUUAUGUCAUAGAAGGAUGAUAACAAACAGCGCAAAAAAAUUCCACGUUUUCUUUUCUUAAAUGUUCUUUAAAAUUGCCUUGUAUAUAAUUUCCAUGUAAAGCUCAAAUAAAUAAAAACCUAUUCAUUAUCGAUGUAAUCAA